GUAAGGUAUUAGGGGUAGUCGCGAUCACAAAAUAAGGGCAAGUGGGGGCGGGCGACGAGGCUCUACCCGCUAGGCUAUAUAACACUAAUUAUAACUUUAUUACACGCGGUGCCACAAACAACUCGUAUUCACGAAGGUUGCUACAGAGGUGCCACAUCAAAGCCACUCAAGGGGCUAAAUGACUGGAAAAAUACAAAGCCGCGACCACAUUCACAAAGCUCACGUGAUAUCCCAAAUUCACUCUCCCAACGACAACCCCACCAUCUUCCCCGCACACCUCUCCAUCUAGCUCUCCCCAAUCUCUCCAUGAAGGGGACCUAGCCCAAGCCUACCGCCGUGUCUAGCUCUCCCCACGAUCUACAUCCAGGGGACCUAGUCCACGCCUCACAACCUCACCAUGGCGGCCGCCGCGACAGGUCCGGCACAUCCACCCACCCCCUCCACCAGCCUCACAACCUUCCCCCUCUUCCUCCACCUCCCCCCCGAAAUCCGCCUCUCAAUCUGGACACUCUCCUUCCACCCCCGCACCCUCGAACUCCACUACCCCCGCGCCCACUACGCAAACCCACACAACGCCUCCUCCCCAGACUCCCACGGUCCUCCCCCGUUCCAAUCGCGGUCUUACAACCCAGCUGCCUUGUCUACGAGUCUCGAGUCCCGGAAUGCCGCGCUGAUGACGUAUUCGAUUGCUCUCCCGCUGGCGUCGGAGAUGCAUCAUCGGCCGCCGUGGGCGCAACGUCGGGUUCUAUAUAUUGCGCCUGAUAUGGAUACCCUCGUGCUGCUGGGGGAUGAACCGGCGAUUAGGGUGACGCGGCUUGUGAAGUGGAUACGUGACCACCUCGCCGCUCAAGCCUCCCCCAUCACGGGAUUGAGGAAUAUAGGCCUCAGCGCGAGCCAGUUCGCGAAUAGCCAGGGGGCGAUGAUAUUACGUUUCGUCGGCCGGGAUUUAUUCCACGACGUCGAGAGGCUCGUGUUAGUGAUCGGUCCCAGGCCCGGGUGCGGGACGGAGGUGAAGCCGCCGGAGGGGUGGGAUGGGGGGAGGUGCUUGUUGAGGGAGUUUGUGGGGGUGGAGGGGGAGGAGGGGGAAGAAAGAGGGCAUGGGGAGGAGGAGAAGGAGCAGUUUAGGGGGUUUCAGAGGGGGGUGGGGAGGCAGUUUAGGGAGAAGGGGGGGUGGAUGGUUGUAGGCAGGAAUCGGAUGAGGAUUGCGAGUGUGGGUUUUGAGAAUGGCUGGUGAGAUGGGGUGGGCUGGUAUGGUAGUGGGAAAGUCAGUUGUGAUGUAGGUUUAUAAUAAGCAAUAACAGGGGUGCUGUAUAUCCAAUUCCUUUCCCCUUUUUCCUGGGGCCCAGGUCCAAAAACUCCAAGCUUAUACAUAUAUAUACACGCUAAAUCCCACCUCCACUCAACCCCUACAGGCGGCCUCUAGGCUUCACCCUCGCCCGCCCGGUUUCUUCAAUUUCACUCUCCCCACUCCCCUCUGCACUCGCACUCCCCUCACCACCCU